UCAUCAAGUGGUUCAGUAGUUCAGUCCAGGACAGCCAGUUCAGCUCAUCUGAUUUCUCUUUACGCUUUGCUCUUUAACGUUGGAUGAUAUGGAGGUUAUCAAUCCUUACCUAUUUCGAUAUAAAGGUUAUGUUUUUCCAACAGGAUUUUCUCAGCCAGAAUACAUCGAUUCACUCCAAACAUUCGAGAUAAGGGACAACGAUAUUUUUCUGGUCACCUAUCCCAAGUCAGGCACUAUAUGGACUCAGCAGAUCAUCACGCUGCUCUGUGAAGCGGAUCCGUCAAACAACAUUGUGUACGACAACAACUGGCAGACAAUGCCGUGGCUAGAGGGUCCUCUGGACUUCCCCGACUACUCCUUGCGUCCCUCCCCCCGUUUAUUCACCUCUCACCUCACCCCCGCCCUGAUGCCCCCUGGACUGAAGGACAAGAGGCCAAAGAUUGUCUAUGUGAUGAGGAACCCAAAGGACGGUGUGGUCUCUUACUUUCACUUCUCCCACGCUAUGCUCAAACUGGAGACCCCCAAGAGCUUUGAGGACCUGAUAGGGGAGUACCUGGAGGGAGUAGUUGCUGGUGGUUCCUGGUUUGAUCACAUCAGGGAAUGGUACUCAAAGAGAGAUCAGUACAACAUCCUGUUUUUGAUGUAUGAAGACAUGAUCAAGGAUCUGAGGUCUGAGGUAUUGAAGAUCAGCAAGUUCCUCGGGAAGAACCUGGACAGUUCGGCCAUCGACCACGUGGUGGAGAGGGCCACCUUCAAGAACAUGAAAAAGGACCCCAAAGCCAACUACGAGUUCCUGCCCCAAGAACUGCUGGAUCUAGAGCAGGGACACUUCCUUCGCAAAGGUACGGUCGGGGACUGGAAGAACACCUUCACCGUGGCCCAGAGUGAGCGCUUUGACCAGGUCUUCCAGGAGAGGAUGAGGGGCCUCCCACUGCAGUUCACAUGGGACAUUCAUGAGCAUCCAUAGUGCCUGUUGAGGCUCCAGUUUCAAAUGGAAGAUCAACGAUGUUCUCAAAAUGGCAUUAUUCCCAUUCUCACCUACUCAGACUGGCAAGCUAUCCCAGGAUUCUAUUGCGUCUAAAAGGCUGGAGGACUGAUGGACUCUAAUGGCUGCUGAUACCUGGAAAAUCCUUCCCAUUGUUCUUAGGAGUGGUGUGCGGGCUGAUUUGCAUUCAAAGGGUUGGAUGACCAGCUGGGCGAAAGGUGUGAUACACAUAUAUAGUGAUGAGAAUUUUAGAAUUUUUAGAAAACCAAUUAUUUAAUUGAAACAAUAAAUAGUCAAACUUUCUCACCAUGUA